UCCCCUCUCUCUCUAGCGUGCUUACCAGGAGCCCUACCCAGCUCUCUUCCCGACCAUUCUGUGAAGCCCGGAAUAACACACACGCAGAAAAAGUGUAAGGCAGGCAGAGGAGAACACAGGAGGGGCGAGGAGAGUGGGGAAAACGCCCUGGAAACUCGGCUGGUACUAACAGAGUUCAAGUAUUUUAAACACCAAGUUGAGACUGUAAAGAAGUGAUUUUCACGGGCUGAGCCAGAAGGGGGGAGAGGACGACCUCCGAGGAUGCUCCGGCUGGUUUGAGACUGCUUGGCGCACGGUCUGCGCAAAGACUCUAGGAAGACGGGUGCUGAAGAUCUAGAACCAGGGAGAACGUUGGACCUGCUUGAGCAAUCCAAAAACAACAAAAGCAUUUCCAUCACACCAGGCCACAAAAACAGAGGAUGGCUGAGGAGGACGGGACUAGGGAGGUGCUCUUUCCAGACUGGGAGGGUACGGACAAAACUGGCCUCACAAUCGAGCAAACGGGUGAAGGAGAAAUAUUUGUCAAAGAGGUGAAAGAUGAGUCACCCGCAGGGCGGUCCGGGAGAGUACAUGAAGGUGACCAGAUUGUGGGGGCUACCAUUUACUUUGACAAUAUGAGCUCCGAAGCCACGGCUGACAUACUGAAGACAUUGAACCGCCACAAAGUUGGACUGAAACUACAAAACAGAGGGGACAAGUCCCCUGGGCGCUCCCCCCUGACCACGCCCCUAAGCACGCCCCUGAGCACGCCAUGCCGCUCGCCGAUGGGAACGCUGACAUGGGAAGGGAAGAGCCGCUUUGGAGGUUCCAGUCCGGACAUCGUCCUGAGUGGGGACGAUGAGGACUACAAAAGAAUAUACUCAAAGAAGAUCAAACCCAGGCUGAAAUCAGAAGACCUUGCAGAGGGAGUGGACGUACGCACCGAGCGGCAUAGCAGCACAAGCAGUGAUGGCAGCACCAUCACCACCAUCACACGCCGCAUCACCACCUACACUGUGGAUAUGCCUGGAGGCAUCAGCGAGCAAUCUGAACUUUCAAGCCCCGAGGUCAAAGGGCUAAGAUAUGAAUCUGGUGAUGGAUCAUCAUAUAGUAUCAUUUCACAGGGGAGUCCAUCAGGUAAAGAUGGAGCAGAAGAGGGAGCUUUUGAGCUAGGAAAUGUAUCAUUAACCAAGCCACAAGUUAGUUCAACAGAGACACACUGGAGUACUGGAGGGUUGAGAACCACAACAACUUCCAGGGAGAUGGAGGGAGAUGGAAGCUUAGGAAUGAGGCUAAAGGGGCAACAGUUUGGAAUGUCAGGAGGUAACGGCCAGGGUGGUAUGAGUAUGUCAAGGGGGCUUGGUGCCCACGGAGAUGGAAGUGGGCACACAGGCAUUAAGCAUGUUAAAAUAGGGGGUUUGGAAGGAGGAGAAAUUGUCAGCUCAGAUGUUAAAGAAGGAUCUAUUGGUGUGUCUUUGCCAGGAAAGAUAACACGCUUCUCCUCCUCAUCAGAUGGCAAGGUAGAAGGGGGAGAUGUGGACAUGAGUUUUGGAAAAGGGAAAUCUCAUGUCUCUGACAUUACAAUUGGUCAAAAGAGGACAGUGGGUUCAGGCCAAAUUGGCCUUUCAAGUGAGAGAUUUGAAGGGGGUUUAGAAGGGGGAGACUUUGUCAGCUCAGAUGUAAAAGGAGGAUCUAUUGGUGUGUCUUUGCCAGGAAAAAUGACACGCUUUUCCUCUACAUCAGUAGGCAAGGGACAAGUGGGAGAUGUGGACAUGAGUUUUGGAGAAGGGAAAUCUCAUGUCUAUGACAUUACAAUUGGUCAAAAGAGGACAGUGGGUUUGAGCAAAAUUGGCCUGUCCAGUGAGAGAUCUGAUGCAACAUCCACAGAUAUUGACACUGAAUUAAGAGAAGUGAGCUUGGCAUCAGGAUUUAAUGUGAAAGGUGCUGCUGAAAAGCUAAAUAUCAAAGGGAAACAUGUCUCAACAGAAAUUGUAGAUAUCGCUCUGAAAGGUACAAAUCUUGAACGGAAAAUUGAUUCUUCAGAGCCAACCUCAUUGGGUGACGGAAAGGCCAUAACAAUAGAUAAUGGAGGGGUUGAGUCUGAAAUUAAUCAAAAAACGUCCAUAGGAUCAUUUGGAUUCAAGGAUGCAAAAGUGCAAGGUCAAAGUGUCAAUACGAAUCUCCCUGAAGCUAAUAUUGUCAUAAAAAACACUGAAAGCACUCUCAAAGGACGAGACGCUGAUAUUGUAAUGGCAGACGUUAACCUGAAAAGACCAGAGCUCACAGAUAUGAAUGUGUCAUUACCAAAUAUUCACGGUCAGAAGAAACCACUUAAAGUUGACAUCAAAGGACCAGAAAAAGAGGUUGGCCUUGAUGGUAAAUAUGAGAAGCCAAAAUUCAACAUGCCUUCCAUCUCAGGUCCUCAGAUUUCUGGGCCGAAUGUAGAUGUAAACUUGAAAGGAUCCAUGAUCAAGGGUGAUUUAGAUGUGGCAGUUCCAACGAUUGACAGAGACAUAAAAACAACAAAAGCUGAUGUUGAAAUUGAAGGAUCAGAAAGUGGAUUCAAAAUGCCAAAGGUGAAAAUGCCAUCCUUUGGCUACGAAGCACCAGAAUUGAAAGGAAGAGAUGUAGACAUUAAUGUUUCAAAGUCGGACAUUGACAUUCAAGGACCUAACGUUGAUAUCAAAGCACCAGAAAUUUAUAUUGAAAGCAGAGAUGGCAAAAUGAAAGGGUCCAAAUUCAACAUGCCUUCCAUCACGGGACACAAACUUUCCACGCCAAAUGUGGACUUCAACUUGACAGGACCUACAACCGAGGGCGGUGCAGAAGUGUCGGUCACAAAGACAGAUGCAAACAUCAAACCACCGAAAGUGAAAUUUGAAGAACCAGAUGUUGAUAUCAAAGGGCCAGGAGGCGAAUUUCAAAUGCCCAAAAUUAAAAUUCCAUCAUUUGGCUUCAAAGGUGCAACGAUUGAGGGACCGACAGUUGACAUUGACCUUCCAAAGGGAGACAUUGACAUCAAGGCACCUAAAGUUGAUAUUGAAGGACCAGGAAUCAAUGUUGAAGGCUCAGAUGCCAACAUUAAAGGAUCAAAAUUCAAAAUGCCAUCCCUCUCCGGACCUAAAAUUUCGAUGCCUGAUCUAGACUUCAAUUUGAAAGGAUCGAAGCUCAAGGGGGAUGUAGAUAUGUCAGGUCCAAAGAUCAAAACAGACAUCAAAACACCAAAAGUGGAAAUUGAAGGCACAGACGUUGAUAUUGAUGGCUCUGAAGGUGGAUUUAAAAUACCGAAAAUGAAAAUGCCAUCAUUUGGCUUUAAGGGUCCAAAGAUUGAGGGACUGGAUGGUGACAUUAACCUUCCAAAGGCAGAAAUUGAAAUCAAGGCUCCCAAAGUGGAUAUGAAAGGACCAGAAUUCGAUAUUGAAGGCCCAGAUGCCAAAAUAAAAGGAUCCAAAUUCAAAAUGCCCUCCCUCUCAGGACCUAACAUUUCGAUGCCUGAUCUAGACUUAAAUUUGAAAGGAUCAAAGCUCAAGGGGGAUGUAGAUAUGUCAGGUCCAAAGAUCAAAGCAGACAUCAAAACACCAAAAGCGGAAAUUGAAGACCCAGGCGUUGAUAUUGAGGGCUCCGAAGGUGGAUUUAAAAUGCCAAAAAUGAAAAUGCCAUCAUUUGGCUUUAAAGGUCCAAAGAUUGGGGGACCGGAUGUUGACAUUGACCUUCCAAAGGCAGAAAUUGACAUCAAGGCACCCAAAGUUGAUAUCAAAGGACCAGACAUUGAUGUUGAAGGCUCAGAUGCCAAAAUUAAAGGAUCCAAAUUCAAAAUGCCAUCCCUCUCCGGACCUAACAUUUCGAUGCCUGAUCUAGACUUAAAUUUGAAAGGAUCAAAGCUCAAGGGGGAUGUAGAUAUGUCAGGUCCAACGAUCAAAGGAGACAUCAAAACCCCAAAAGUGGAAAUUGAAGGCCCAGACGUUGAUAUUGAGGGCUCUGAAGGUGGAUUUAAAAUGCCAAAAAUGAAAAUGCCAUCAUUUGGCUUUAAAGGUCCAAAGAUUGAGGGACCGGAUGUUGAUAUUGACCUUCCCAAGGCAGAAAUUGACAUCAAGGCACCUAAGGUUGAUAUGAAAGGACCAGGAAUCGAUGUUGAAGGCCCAGAGGGCAAAGUUAAAGGGUCCAAAUUCAAAAUGCCCUCCCUCUCCGGACCCAACAUUUCAAUGCCUGAUCUAGACUUCAAUCUGAAAGGACCAAAGCUCAAGGGUGAUGUUGAUAUGUCAGGCCCAAAGAUCAAAGGAGACAUCAAAACACCGAAAGUGGAAAUUGAAGGCCCGGACGUUGAUAUUGAGGGCUCCGAAGUUGGAUUUAAAAUACCAAAAAUGAAAAUGCCAUCAUUUGGCAUUAAAGGUCCAAAGAUUGAGGAACCGGAAGUUGAUAUUGACCUUCCCAAGGCAGAAAUUGACAUCAAGGCACCAAAGGUUGAUAUGAAAGGACCAGAAAUCGAUGUUGCAGGCCCAGAGGGCAAAAUUAAAGGGUCCAAAUUCAAAAUGCCCUCCCUCUCCGGACCUAACAUUUCAAUGCCUGAUCUAGACUUCAAUCUGAAAGGACCAAAGCUCAAGGGUGAUGUUGAUAUGUCAGGUCCAACGAUCGAAGGAGACAUCAAAACACCGAAAGUGGAAAUUCAAGGCCCAGACGUUGAUAUUGAGGGCUCUGAAGGUGGAUUUAAAAUGCCAAAAAUGAAAAUGCCAUCAUUUGGCUUUAAAGGUCCAAAGAUUGAGGGACCGGAUGUUGAUAUUGACCUUCCCAAGGCAGAAAUUGACAUCAAGGCACCAAAUGUUGAUAUCAAAGGACCAGAAAUCGAUGUUGCAGGCCCAGAGGGCAAAAUUAAAGGGUCCAAAUUCAAAAUGCCCUCCCUCUCCGGACCUAACAUUUCAAUGCCUGAUCUAGAUUUCAAUCUGAAAGGACCGAAGCUCAAGGGUGAUGUUGAUAUGUCAGGCCCAAACAUCAAAGGAGACAUCAAAACACCAAAAGUGGAAAUUGAAGGCCCAGACGUUGAUAUUGAGGGCUCUGAAGGUGGAUUUAAAAUGCCAAAAAUGAAAAUGCCAUCAUUUGGCUUUAAAGGUCCAAAGAUUGAGGGACCGGAUGUUGAUAUUGACCUUCCCAAGGCAGAAAUUGAGCUCAAGGCACCAAAGGUUGAUAUCAAAGGACCAGAAAUCGAUGUUGCAGGCCCAGAGGGCAAAAUUAAAGGGUCCAAAUUCAAAAUGCCCUCCCUUUCCGGACCUAACAUUUCAAUGCCUGAUCUAGAUUUCAAUCUGAAAGGACCAAAGCUCAAGGGUGAAGUUGAUAUGUCAGGCCCGAAGAUCAAAGGAGACAUCAAAACACCAAAAGUGGAAAUUGAAGGCACAGACGUUGAUAUUGAGGGCACCGAAGGUGGAUUCAAAAUGCCAAAAAUUAAAAUGCCAUCAUUUGGCUUUAGAGGUCCAAAGAUUGAGGGACUGGAUGUUGACACUGACCUUCCCAAGGCAGAAAUUGACAUCAAGGCACCCAAAGUUGAUAUCAAAGGACCAGAAAUCGAUGUUGCAGGCCCAGAGGGCAAAAUUAAAGGGUCCAAAUUCAAAAUGCCCUCCCUCUCCGGACCCAACAUUUCAAUGCCUGAUCUAGACUUCAAUCUGAAAGGACCAAAGCUCAAGGGUGAUGUUGACAUGUCAGGUCCAACGAUCGAAGGAGACAUCAAAACACCAAAAGUGGAAAUUGAAGGCCCAGACGUUGAUAUUGAGGGCUCUGAAGGUGGAUUUAAAAUGCCAAAAAUGAAAAUGCCAUCAUUUGGCUUUAAAGGUCCAAAGAUUGAGGGACCGGAUGUUGAUAUUGACCUUCCCAAGGCAGAAAUUGACAUCAAGGCACCGAAGGUUGAUAUCAAAGGACCAGAAAUCGAUGUUGCAGGCCCAGAGGGCAAAAUUAAAGGGUCCAAAUUCAAAAUGCCCUCCCUCUCCGGACCUAACAUUUCAAUGCCUGAUCUAGAUUUCAAUCUGAAAGGACCAAAGCUCAAGGGUGAUGUUGAUAUGUCAGGCCCAAAGAUCAAAGGAGACAUCAAAACACCAAAAGUGGAAAUUGAAGGCCAAGACGUUGAUAUUGAGGGCACCGAAGGUGGAUUCAAAAUGCCAAAAAUUAAAAUGCCAUCAUUUGGCUUUAAAGGUCCAAAGAUUGAGGGACCGAAUGUUGACAUUGACCUUCCCAAGGCAGAAAUUGACAUCAAGGCACCCAAAGUUGAUAUGAAAGGACCAGAAAUCGAUGUUGCAGGCCCAGAGGGCAAAAUUAAAGGGUCCAAAUUCAAAAUGCCCUCCCUCUCCGGACCCAACAUUUCAAUGCCUGAUCUAGACUUCAAUCUGAAAGGACCAAAGCUCAAGGGUGAUGUUGACAUGUCAGGUCCAACGAUCGAAGGAGACAUCAAAACACCAAAAGUGGAAAUUGAAGGCCCAGACGUUGAUAUUGAGGGCUCUGAAGGUGGAUUUAAAAUGCCAAAAAUGAAAAUGCCAUCAUUUGGCUUCAAAGGUCCAAAGAUUGAGGGACCGGAUGUUGAUAUUGACCUUCCCAAGGCAGAAAUUGACAUCAACGCACCGAAGGUUGAUAUCAAAGGACCAGAAAUCGAUGUUGCAGGCCCAGAGGGCAAAAUUAAAGGGUCCAAAUUCAAAAUGCCCUCCCUCUCCGGACCUAACAUUUCAAUGCCUGAUCUAGAUUUCAAUCUGAAAGGACCAAAGCUCAAGGGUGAUGUUGAUAUGUCAGGGCCAAAGAUCAAAGGAGACAUCAAAACACCAAAAGUGGAAAUUGAAGGCCCAGACGUUGAUAUUGAGGGCACCGAAGGUGGAUUCAAAAUGCCAAAAAUUAAAAUGCCAUCAUUUGGCUUUAAAGGUCCAAAGAUUGAGGGACCGGAUGUUGACAUUGACCUUCCCAAGGCAGAAAUUGACAUCAAGGCACCCAAAGUUGAUAUGAAAGGACCAGAAAUCGAUGUUGCAGGCCCAGAGGGCAAAAUGAAAGGGUCCAAAUUCAAAAUGCCCUCCCUCUCCGGACCCAACAUUUCAAUGCCUGAUCUAGACUUCAAUCUGAAAGGACCAAAGCUCAAGGGUGAUGUUGACAUGUCAGGUCCAACGAUCGAAGGAGACAUCAAAACACCAAAAGUGGAAAUUGAAGGCCCAGACGUUGAUAUUGAGGGCUCUGAAGGUGGAUUUAAAAUGCCAAAAAUGAAAAUGCCAUCAUUUGGCUUUAAAGGCUCAAAGAUUGAGGGACCGGAUGUUGAUAUUGACCUUCCCAAGGCAGAAAUUGACAUCAAGGCACCAAAGGUUGAUAUCAAAGGACCAGAAAUCGAUGUUGCAGGCCCAGAGGGCAAAAUUAAAGGUUCCAAAUUCAAAAUGCCCUCCCUCUCCGGACCUAACAUUUCAAUGCCUGAUCUAGACUUCAAUCUGAAAGGACCAAAGCUCAAGGGUGAUGUUGAUAUGUCAGGCCCAAAGAUCAAAGGAGACAUCAAAACACCAAAAGUGGAAAUUGAAGGCCCAGACGUUGAUAUUGAGGGCACCGAAGGUGGAUUCAAAAUGCCAAAAAUUAAAAUGCCAUCAUUUGGCUUUAAAGGUCCAAAGAUUGAGGGACCGGAUGUUGACAUUGACCUUCCCAAGGCAGAAAUUGACAUCAAGGCACCCAAAGUUGAUAUGAAAGGACCAGAAAUCGAUGUUACAGGCCCAGAGGGCAAAAUCAAAGGGUCCAAAUUCAAAAUGCCCUCCCUCUCCGGACCCAACAUUUCAAUGCCUGAUCUAGACUUCAAUCUGAAAGGACCAAAGCUCCAGGGUGAUGUUGACAUGUCAGGUCCAACGAUUGAAGGAGACAUCAAAACACCAAAAGUGGAAAUUGAAGGCCCAGACGUUGAUAUUGAGGGCUCUGAAGGUGGAUUUAAAAUGCCAAAAAUGAAAAUGCCAUCAUUUGGCUUUAAAGGUCCAAAGAUUGAGGGACCGGAUGUUGAUAUUGACCUUCCCAAGGCAGAAAUUGACAUCAAGGCACCAAAGGUUGAUAUCAAAGGACCAGAAAUCGAUGUUGCAGGCCCAGAGGGCAAAAUUAAAGGUUCCAAAUUCAAAAUGCCCUCCCUCUCCGGACCUAACAUUUCAAUGCCUGAUCUAGACUUCAAUCUUAAAGGACAAAAGCUCAAGGGUGAUGUUGAUAUGUCAGGCCCGAAGAUCAAAGGAGACAUCAAAACACCAAAAGUGGAAAUUGAAGGCCCAGGCGUUGAUAUUGAGGGCACCGAAGGUGGAUUCAAAAUGCCAAAAAUUAAAAUGCCAUCAUUUGGCUUUAAAGGUCCAAAGAUUGAGGGACCGGAUGUUGACAUUGACCUUCCCAAGGCAGAAAUUGACAUCAAGGCACCCAAAGUUGAUAUCAAAGGACCAGAAAUCGAUGUUGCAGGCCCAGAGGGCAAAAUUAAAGGGUCCAAAUUCAAAAUGCCCUCCCUCUCCGGACCUAAUAUUUCAAUGCCUGAUCUAGACUUCAAUCUGAAAGGAACAAAGCUCAAGGGUGAUGUUGAUAUGUCAGGUCCAAAGAUCAAAGGAGAAAUCAAAACACCAAAAGUGGAAAUUGAAGGCCCAGACGUUGAUAUUGAGGGCUCCGAAGGUGGAUUUAAAAUGCCAAAAAUGAAAAUGCCAUCAUUUGGUUUUAAAGGCCCAAAGAUUGAGGGACCGGAUGUUGAUAUUGACCUUCCCAAGGCAGAAAUUGACAUCAAGGCACCAAAGGUUGAUAUCAAAGGACCAGAAAUCGAUGUUGCAGGCCCAGAGGGCAAAAUUAAAGGGUCCAAAUUCAAAAUGCCCUCCCUCUCCGGACCUAAUAUUUCAAUGCCUGAUCUAGACUUCAAUCUUAAAGGAACAAAGCUCAAGGGUGAUGUUGAUAUGUCAGGUCCAAAGAUCAAAGGAGACAUCAAAACACCAAAAGUGGAAAUCGAAGGACCAGACGUUGAUAUUGAGGGCUCCGAAGGUGGGUUUAAAAUGCCCAAAAUUAAAAUGCCAUCAUUUGGCUUUAAAGGUCCAAAGAUUGGGGGACCGGAUGUUGACAUUGAGCUUCCCAAGGCAGAAAUUGACAUCAAGGCACCCAGAGUUGAUAUCAAAGGACCAGAAAUCGAUGUUGAAGGCCCAGAUGCCAGAAUUAAAGGAUCCAAAUUCAAAAUGCCCUCUCUCUCCGGACCUAACAUUUCUAUGCCUGAUCUAGACUUCAAUUUGAAAGGACCAAAGCUCAAGGGUGAUGUAGAUAUGUCAGUUCCAAAGAUCAAAGGUGACAUCAAAACACCAAAAGUUGAAAUUGAAGGCCCAGAAGUUGAUAUUGAGGGGCCUGAAGGUGGAUUCAAAAUGCCCAAAAUAAAAAUGCCAUCAUUUGGCAUUAAAGGUUCGAAGUUUGAGGGUCCGGAUGUUAACAUUGAUCUUCCCCACGUGGACAUUGAUAUCGAAGAACCUGAAAUUGAUAUCAAAGGACCAGAAAUUGACGUUGAAGGCCGGGGGGGCAAGAUAAAAGGACCCAAAUUCAAAAUGCCCUCCAUCUCGGGACCUAAUAUUUCGAUGCCUGAUGUAGACUUCAAUUUGAAAGGACCAAAGCUCAAGGGGGAUGUAGAUAUGUCAGGUCCAAAGACUGAAGGAAACCUGAAAUCACCAAGAGUGGACAUUGAUUCACCAGACAUUGAUAUUAAAGGUGCAGGAGGCGGAUUUAAAAUGCCACACAUGAAAAUGCCAUCAUUUGGCAUCAAAAGUCCAAAGUUUGAGGCACCGGGUGUGGACAUUGACCUCCCCAAAGCAGACAUUGACAUCAAGGCACCAAAAGCUGAUAUCAAAGGACCAGGAAUCGACGUUGAAGGCCCAGACGCCAAAAUAAAAGGAUCCAAAUUCAAAAUGCCCUCCCUCUCCGGACCUAAUAUUUCGAUGCCUGAUCUAGACUUCAAUUUGAAAGGGCCGAAGAUAAAGGGUGAUGUAGAUAUGUCAGGUACAAAGAUCAAAGGAGACAUUAAAUCACCAAAAGUGGAAAUCGAAGGCCCAGGUGUUGAUAUUGAGGGGCCCGAAGGCGGAUUUAAAAUGCCCAAAAUUAAAAUGCCAUCAUUUGGCUAUAAAGGUGAAAUUAUUGAGGGACCGGAUGUUGACAUUGACCUUCCCAAGGCAGAAAUUGACAUCAAGGCACCCAAAGCUGAUAUUGAAGGACCAGGAAUCAAUGUUGAAGGCUCAGAUGCCAACAUUAAAGGAUCAAAAUUCAAAAUGCCAUCCCUCUCCGGACCUAAAAUUUCGAUGCCUGAUGUUGACUUCAAUUUGAAAGGACCCAAGCUAAAGGGGGAUAUAGAUAUGUCACUUCCAAAGAUUGAAGGAGACCUGAAAUUGCCAAAGAUGGAUAUUGAUUCACCAGACAUUGAUAUUAAAGGUGCAGGAGGCGGAUUUAAAAUGCCACACAUGAAAAUGCCAUCAUUUGGCUUCAAAAGUCCAAAGUUUGAGGGACCGGAUGUUGACAUUGACCUUCCCAAAGCAGACUUUGACAUAAAGGCACCGAAAGUUGACAUCGAAGGACCAGAAAUCGAUGUUGAAGGCCCAGAUGCCAAAAUUAAAGGAUCCAAAUUCAAAAUGCCCUCUCUCUCCGGACCUAACAUUUCAAUGCCUGAUCUAGAUUUCAAUUUGAAAGGACCUAAGCUAAAAGGCGAUGUAGAUAUGACAGGUCCAAAAGUCAAAGGAGACAUGAAAACACCAAAAGUGGAAAUUGAAAGCCCAGAAGUUGAUUUUGAUGGUCCUGAAGGGGGAUUUAAAAUGCCCAAAAUUAAAAUGCCAUCCUUUGGAUUCAAAGGUCCAAAGAUUGAAGGACCGGAAGUUGACAUUGACCUUCCCAAGGCAGACAUUGACAUUAAGGCGCCCAAAGUUGAUAUCGAAGGACCAGAAAUCGAUGUUGAAGGCCCAGAUGCCAAAAUCAAAGGAUCUAAAUUCAAAAUGCCCUCUCUCUCUGGACCUAACAUUUCGAUGCCUGACCUAGACUUCAAUUUGAAAGGACCUAAGUUCAAGGGUGAUGUCGAUAUGUCGAGUCCAAAGAUCGAAGGAGAAAUCAAUAUUCCCAAAGGAAAGAUUAAAGGAGCUAGCAUCAACAUAGGAUCUCCAGGGGUAGACCUUAAAGGGCCAAAGCUGAAGUCUCCGAAAUUAUCUGGACCUAAAGUAUCAUUGCCUGAUGUUGACUUUGGUAUGAAAGGGUCAAAGUUGAAGGGCGGUAUUGAGGGAGCCAUGACAUUGCCAAAUCCUGUAAUUGAGGGUCCUGAUAUGUCAAUUGAUAGUCCUGAUGUAUCUAAAAAGCACAAAUUUAAAAUGCCUAAAUUUGGAUUCAAGGGAACAAAAGUCAAAGCUCCUGAAUUAGAUGUUAAAUUAGCGCAUGGAGAUGUAAAAAUCAAGGGCUCAAAAGGAAGUUUAGAGGGUCCUGAAGUAAACAUGGAUGCAACUAGUCCUAAAGUAAAAGGAUCCAAAUUCAAGAUGCCAACAAUAUCAGGCCCAAGAAUAACACUUCCUGAUGUGGAUAUGAACAUUAAAGGACCUAAGACAAAGGCUGACUUUGAUGCAUCCCUUCCAGAUGUUGAAUCGGACAUCAAGUCACCACAUUUUGACUCAGGCUCUGUGGAUGUGGAUGUUAAGACUCCAGAUUCUGGCUUUAAACUUCCAAAGUUUAAAAUGCCAAAAUUUGGCUUCAAAGGAACCAAGAUGGAUGGACCAGAUUUGGACAUUGACCUUCCAAAGGCAGACAUUGACAUCAAAGUACCCAAAGUUGACAUCAAAGGACCAGAAAUCGAGGUUGAAGGCCCAGAUGCCAAAAUAAGAGGACCAAAGUUCAAAAUGCCCUCUAUCUCCGGACCUAACAUCUCGAUGCCUGAUGUAGACUUCAAUUUGAAAGGACCGAAGCUAAAGGGUGAUGUCGUUUUGUCAGGUCCAAAGAUUGAAGCGGACGUCCAAACACCAAAAGUUGACAUUGAAGGUCUUGAUGUUGAUAUUGAAGGGCCUGAAGGUGGAUUUAAAAUGCCUAAGAUCAAAAUGCCAUCAUUUGGCAUCAAGAGUCCAAAGCUCGAGGGUCCAGACGUGAACUUUGAUAUUCCCAAAGCAGACAUUGACAUUGAAGCACCAAAUGUGGAUAUCGAAGGACCGGAAAUCGACUUUGAAGGCCCAGAUGGCCAAAUUAAAGGGAGUAAAUUCAAAAUGCCCUCUCUCUCAGGACCCAAAAUAUCAAUGCCUGAUAUAGACUUCAAUUUGAAAGGACCGAAGUUCAGAGGUGAUGUGGACAUGUCGGUUCCAAAGGCUGAAGCAGACAUCAAAACACCAAAAGUAGAAAUUGAAGGCCCAGACGUCGCUAUUGAGGGCCCCGAAGGCGGAUUUAAAAUGCCCAAAAUUAAAAUGCCGUCAUUUGGCUUCAAAGGUCCGAAGUUUGAGGGACCGGAUGUUGGCAUUGAUCUUCCCAAAGCAGACAUUGACAUAAAAGCACCUGAAGUUGAUAUCAAAGGACCAGAAAUCGACUUUGAAGGCCUGGAUGGCAGUAUUAAAGGGAGUAAAUUCAAAAUGCCCUCUCUCUCAGGACCAAAAAUGACAAUGCCUGAUAUAGACUUCAAUUUGAGAGGACCCAAGUUUAAGGGUGAUGUGGACAUGUCAGUUCCAAAGAUUGAAGGAGACAUCAAAACACCAAAAGUUGAAAUUGAAGGGCCAGACACCGAUAUUGAGGGCCCUGAAGGCGGAUUUAAAAUGCCCAAAAUUAAAAUGCCGUCAUUUGGCUUCAAAGGUCCGAAGUUUGAGGGACCGGAUGUUGCCAUUGAUCUUCCCAAAGCAGACAUUGACAUUAAAGCGCCUGAAAUUGACAUCAAAGGACCAGAAAUUGACGUUGAGGGCCCUGGUGGCAAAAUAAAAGGACCCAAAUUCAAAAUGCCUUCAAUGUCAGGACCUCAUAUAUCGAUGCCUGAUGUUGACUUCAAUUUGAGGGGACCAAAGCUCAAGGGCGAUGUAGAUGUUUCAGGUCCAAAGAUUGAAGGAAACCUGAAAUCGCCAAAAGUGGAAAUUGAAGCACCAGAUAUUGAUAUCAAAGGGGCAGGAAGCGGAUUUAAAAUGCCACACAUGAAAAUGCCCUCCUUUGGCUUCAAAAGUCCAAAGUUUGACGGACCGGAUGUUGACAUUGAUCUUCCCAACACAGACUUUGACAUCAAAGCACCUGAAGUUGAUAUGAAAGGACCAGAAAUUGACGUUGAAGGCCCUGGUGGCAAAAUAAAAGGACCCAAAUUCAAGAUGCCCUCCAUCUCAGGACCAAAACUUUCAAUGCCUGAUAUUGACUUCAAUUUGAGAGGGCCCAAGUUUAAGGGUGAUGUUGACAUGUCAGUUCCAAAGAUUGAAGGAGACAUCAAAACACCAGGAGUUGAAAUUGACGGCCCAGACGUUGAUAUUGAGGGCCCUGAUGGCGGAUUUAAAAUGCCGAAAAUUAAAAUGCCGUCAUUUGGCUUCAAAGGACCAAAGUUUGAGGGACCGGAUGCUGACAUUGAUCUUCCCAGUGCGGACAUUGAUAUCAAAGCACCUGAAGUUGAUAUCAAAGGACCAGAAAUUAACGUUGAAGGCCCUGGGGGCAAAAUAAGAGGACCCAAAUUCAAAAUGCCCUCAAUCUCGGGACCUAAUAUUUCAAUGCCUGAUGUAGACUUCAAUUUGAAAGGACCAAAGCUCAAGGGGGAUGUGGAUGUGUCAGGUCCAAAGAUUGAAGGAAACCUGAAAUCACCAAAAGUUGAAAUUGAGGCGCCAGAUAUCGAUAUUAAAGGUGGAGCUGGUGGAUUUAAAAUGCCACAUAUGAAAAUGCCAUCAUUUGGCUUCAAAGGUCCGAAGUUUGAGGGACCGGAUGUUGACAUUGAACUUCCCAAUGCGGAUAUCGACAUCAAAGCACCUGAAGUUGCUAUCAAAGUACCAGAAAUUGAUGUUGAAGGCCCAGAUGCCAAAAUUAAAGGAUCGAAUUUCAAAUUGCCCUCUCUCUCCGGGCCUAACGUUUCGAUGCCUGAUCUAGACUUCAAUUUGAAAGGGCCUAAGCUCAAGGGUGAUGUAGAUAUGGCUGGUCCAAAGUUCAAAGGAGACCUCAAAAUACCAAAAGGGGAAAUCGAAGGCCCAGAUAUCGAGGUUAAAGGUGCAGGAAGCGGAUUUAAAAUGCCACACAUGAAAAUGCCAUCAUUUGGCUUCAAAAGUUCAAAGUUUGAGGGACCAGAUGUUGACAUUGAUCUUCCCAAGGCCGGCAUUGACAUCAAUGCACCUGAAGUGGACAUUAAAGGACCAGAAAUGGACGUUGAAGGCCCCGAUGCCAAAAUAAAAGGACCCAAAUUCAAAAUGCCCUCAAUCACAGGACCAAAACUUUCAAUGCCAGAUGUAGAUUUUAAUUUGAGAGGACCCAAGUUUAAGGGUGAUGUGGAUAUGUCAGUUCCAAAUAUUGAAGGGAACAUCAAAGCACCAAAAUUGGAAAUUGAAGGCCCAGAUGUUGAUAUUGACGGGCCUGAAGGUGGAUUCAAAAUGCCAAAGAUCAAAAUGCCAUCAUUUGGCAUCAAAAGUCCAAAGAUUGAGGGACCAGAGGUAGACUUUGAUCUUCCAAAAACAGAUGUUGACAUUCAGACUCCUAAUCUUGAUAUCAAAGGACCAGAAAUUGACUUUGAAGGCCCAGAAGGCAAGAUUAAAGGGCCGAAAUUCAAAAUGCCCUCCAUCUCAGGGCCAAAACUUUCAAUGCCUGAUAUAGACUUCAAUUUGAAAGGACCAAAGCUUAAGGGUGAGAUAGACAUGUCAGUGCCAAAGAUUGAAGGAGACAUCAAAGCGCCAAAAGUAGAAAUUGAAGUCCCAGAUAUUGAUGUUAAAGGUGCGGGAGGCGGAUUUAAAAUGCCACACAUGAAAAUGCCAUCAUUUGGCUUCAAAAGUCCAAAGUUUGAUGGACCUGAUGUUGACAUUGAUCUUCCCAAGGCAGACAUUGACAUCAAAGCACCUGAAGUUGAUAUCAAAGGACCAGGAAUUGAUGUUGAAGGCCCUGGUGGCAAAAUAAAAGGACCCAAAUUCAAAAUGCCCUCCCUUUCAGGACCUCAUAUUUCAAUGCCUGAUGUUGACUUCAAUUUGAAAGGACCAAAGCUCAAGGGAGAUGUCGAUAUUUCAGUUCCAAAGAUUGAAACGGACAUAAAAACACCAAAAGGGGAAGUUGAAGGACUUGAUACUGAUAUUAAAGGUGCAGGAGGCGGAUUUAAAAUGCCACACAUGAAAAUGCCAUCAUUUGGCUUCAAAAGUCCAAAGUUUGAGGGACCGGAUAUUGAUAUUGAUCUUCCCAAGGCAGACAUUGACCUCAAGGCACCCAAAGUUGAUAUCAAAGGACCAGAAAUCGAUGUUGAAGGCCCAGAUGCUAAAAUUAAAGGAUCAAAAUUCAAAAUGCCCUCUCUUUCCGGACCUAACAUAUCUAUGCCUGAUCUAGACUUCAAUUUGAAAGGAUCUAAUCUCAAGGGUGAUGUAGAUGUGUCCGGUCCAAAGAUCAAAGGAGACAUCAAAACACCAAAAUUGGACAUUGAAGGCCCAGACAUUGAUGUUAAAGGUGCAGGAGGCGGAUUUAAAAUGCCACACAUGAAAAUGCCAUCAUUUGGCUUCAAAAGUCCAAAGUUUGAGGGACCGGAUAUUGAUAUUGAUCUUCCCAAGGCAGACAUUGACCUCAAGGCACCGAAAGUUGAUAUCAAAGGACCAGAAAUCGAUGUUGAAGGCCCAGAUGCUAAAAUUAAAGGAUCAAAAUUCAAAAUGCCCUCUCUUUCCGGACCUAACAUAUCUAUGCCUGAUCUCGACUUCAAUUUGAAAGGACCUAAUCUCAAGGGUGAUGUAGAUGUGUCUGGUCCAAAGAUCAAAGGAGACAUCAAAACACCAAAAUUGGACAUUGAAGUCCCAGACAUUGAUGUUAAAGGUGCAGGAGGCGGAUUUAAAAUGCCACACAUGAAAAUGCCAUCAUUCGGCUUCAAAAGUCCAAAGUUUGAGGGACCGGAUAUUGAUAUUGAUCUUCCCAAGGCAGACAUUGACCUCAAGGCACCCAAAGUUGAUAUCAAAGGACCAGAAAUCGAUGUUGAUGGCCCAGAUGCUAAAAUUAAAGGAUCAAAAUUCAAAAUGCCCUCUCUUUCCGGACCUAACAUAUCUAUGCCUGAUCUAGACUUCAAUUUGAAAGGAUCUAAUCUCAAGGGUGAUGUAGAUGUGUCUGGUCCAAAGUUCACAGGAGACAUCAAAACACCAAAAUUGGAUAUUGAAAGCCCAGACAUUGAUGUUAAAGGUGCCGGAGGCGGAUUUAAAAUGCCACACAUGAAAAUGCCAUCAUUUGGCUUCAAAAGCCCAAAGUUUGAGGGACCGGAUGUUGACAUUGACCUUCCCAAGGCAGACUUGGACAUCAAGGCACCCAAAGUUGAUAUCAAAGGACCUGAAAUUGAUUUUGAAGGCCCAGAUGCCAAAAUUAAAGGAUCCAAGUUCAAAAUGCCCUCUCUCUCCGGACCUAAAAUUUCGAUGCCUGAUGUAGAUUUCAAUUUGAGAGGACCCAAGUCUAAGGGUGAUGUGGAUAUGUCAGUUCCAAAGAUUGAAGGGAACAUCAAAGCACCAAAACUGGAAAUUGAAGGCCCCGAUGUUGAUAUUGAAGGGCCUGAAGGUGGAUUUAAAAUGCCAAAGAUUAAAAUGCCAUCAUUUGGUUUCAAAGGUCCAAAAAUUGAGGGACUGGAAGCUGACUUUGAACUUCCCAAGGCAGACAUUGACAUCAAGGCACCCAAAGUUGAUGUGAAAGGACCAGAUAUUGACAUUGAAGGCCCUGGGGGCAAAAUAAAAGGACCUAAAUUCAAAAUGCCCUCCAUCUCCGGACCUCAUAUUUCGAUGCCUGAUGUUGACUUCAAUUUGAAAGGACCAAAGCUCAAGGGGGAUGUCGAUAUAUCAGGUCCAAUGAUUGAAGGAGACCUUAAAUCGCCAAAGGUGGAAAUCGAUUGCCCAGAUAUUGAUGUUAAAGGUGCAGGAGGUGGAUUUAAAAUGCCACAUAUGAAAAUGCCAUCAUUUGGCUUCAAAGGUCCAAAGUUUGAGGGACCGGAUCUUGACAUCAAUCUUCCCAAGGCAGACAUUGACAUAGAGGCACCAAAAAUUGAUAUCAAAGGACCAGAAAUCGAUGUUGAAGGCCCAGAUGCCAACAUUAAAGGAUCAAAAUUUAAAAUGCCCUCUCUCUCUGGACCUAAAAUUUCGAUGCCUGAUCUAGACUUCAAUUUGAAAGGACCUAAGCUAAAGGGUGAUGUAGAUAUGUCCUGUCCAAAGCUCACUGGAGACAUCAAAACACCAAAAGUGGAAAUUGAAGGCCCAGAUAUUGACAUUAAAGGUGCAGGAAGUGGAUUUAAAAUGCCACACAUGAAAAUGCCAUCAUUUGGCUUUAAAGGUCCAAAAAUUGAUGGACCAGAUGUUGAAAUUGAACUUCCCAAGGCAGAAAUUGACAUGAAGGCACCCAAAGUUGAUAGCAAAGGACCAGAAAUCGAUGUUGAAGGCCCAGAUGCCAAGAUUAAAGGAUCCAAAUUCAAAAUGCCCUCUCUCUCAGGACCUAACAUUUCGAUGCCUGAUCUAGACUUCAACUUGAAAGGAUCAAUGCUCAAGGGGGAUGUAGAUAUGUCAGGUCCAAAGAUCAAAGGAGACAUCAAAACACCAAAAGUUGAAAUUGACAACCCAGACGUUGAUAUUGAGGGAUACGAAGGUGGAUUUAAAAUGCCAAAAAUGAAAAUGCCAUCAUUUGGUUUUAAAGGUCCAAAAAUUGAGGGAGCAGAUGUUGACUUUGAUUUUCCCAAGGCAGACAUUGACAUCAAAGCACCUGAAGUUGAUAUCAAAGGACCAGAAAUCGAUGUUGAAGGCCCUAGUGGCAAAAUAAAAGGACCCAAAUUCAAAAUGCCUUCCAUCUCAGGACCUCAUAUUUCGAUGCCAGAUGUUGACUUCAAUUUGAAAGGACCAAAGCUCAAGGGGGAUGUAGAUAUAUCAGGUCCAAAGAUUGAAGCAGACCUUAAAAUGCCCAAAGUGGAUAUCGAUUCCCCAGAUAUUGAUAUUAAAGGGGCCGGAAGCGGAUUUAAAAUGCCACAUAUGAAAAUGCCAUCAUUUGCCUUCAAAAGUCCAAAGUUUGAGGGACCAGAUGUUGACAUUGAUCUUCCCAAGGCAGACAUUGACAUCAAUGCACCUGAAGUGGACAUCAAAGGACCAGAAAUUGACGUUGAAGGCCCUGGUGGCAAAGUAAAAGGAACCAAAUUCAAAAUGCCCUCCCUCUCAGGACCUCAUAUUUCGAUGCCUGAUGUAGACUUCAAUUUGAAAGGACCAAAGCUCAAGGGAGAUGUAGAUAUGUCAGUUCCGAAGAUUGAAGGAGAACUGAAAUCGCCAAAAGUGGAUAUUGAUGCACCAGAGAUUGAUAUUAAAGGUGCAGGAGGUGGAUUUAAAAUGCCCAAAUUCAAAAUGCCAUCAUUUGGAAUGAAAAGUCCAAAAGUGGAAGUUCCAGAAGUUGAUGUCAAUCUGCCAAAAGUGAACAUCGAUAUGGGAUCACCGAAAAUUGAUGUAAAAGGCCCAGAUUUUGAUGUGGACCUUCCAGAGGGUAACAUCAAAAGUCCAAAAUUCAAAAUGCCAUCCAUCACUGGGCCUAAAAUGUCUAUGCCUGAUGUAGACCUUCAGCUGAAAGGAUCUAAACUGAAGGGUGAUGCAAAUGUGUCCUUACCAAAUUUUGAACGAGACAUCAAAAUCCCAAAAGUGGAAUUUGAAGGUCCACAUGUUGACAGUGUAGGGCCUGAUGCUGGAUUUAAAAUGCCAAAGUUCAAAAUGCCGUCAUUUGGCUUCAAAGGUUCAAAGAUUGAGGGGCCAGAUGUAGACUUUGAUCUUCCAAAAGCAGACAUUGACAUUGAAGCACCUAAUGUUGAUAUCAAAGUACCUGAAAUGGAUGUUGAGGGCCCUGAUGGCAAAAUUAAAGGACCGAAGUUCAAAAUGCCUUCCAUCUCCGGACCAAAGCUUUCCAUGCCUGAUUUAGGCAUCAAUCUGAAAGGACCAAGUAUAAAGGGUGAUUUAGAUGUGUCAAUUCCAACGAUUCAAGGGGACAUCAAAGCACCAAAAGUGGAAAUUGAAAGUCCAGAUGUUGAUAUUGAAGGUCCCGAAGGUGGAUUUAAAAUGCCAAAGAUUAAAAUGCCAUCUUUUGGCUUCAAAGGUCCAAAGAUUGAGGGGUCUGGUGUAGACUUUGGUCUUCCCACAGCAGAUAUUGACAUUCAAGCACCAAAUGUUGAUAUCGAAGGCCCAGAAAUCGAUGUUGAGGGCCCUGAUGGUAAAAUUAAAGGACCGAAGUUCAAAAUGCCCUCCAUUUCCGGACCAAAGCUUUCCAUGCCCAAUAUGGACUUCAAUCUGAAAGGACCUAGUAUGAAGGGUGAUGUAGAUGUUUCAAUUCCAACGAUUCAAGGUGACAUCAAAGCACCAAAAGUGGAGAUUGAAGGUCCAGAUGUCAAUAUUGAACGUUCUGAAGGCGGAUUUAAAAUGCCAACAAUUAAAAUGCCAUCAUUUGACAUCAAAGGUCCAAAGAUUGGGUCUCCAGGUGUUGACUUUGAUCUUCCCAAAACAGACAUUCAUAUUGAAGCACCUAAUGUUGAUAUUAAAGGACCCGAAAUUGACAUUUGCGGCCCUGAUGGCAAAAUUAAAGGGCCGAAGUUAAAAAUGCCCUCUAUCUCAGGACCUCACGUGUCGAUGCCCGAUAUAGACUUCAACUUGAAAGGACCGAACCUUAAAGGUGAUGUUGAUGUAUCAGUUCCAAAGUUUGACCAGGACUUGAAGACACCAAAAGUCCAAAUGGAAGGUCCAGAUCUUGAUAUUAAAGGUACAGGAGGCGGAUUUAAAAUGCCACAUAUGAAAAUGCCCUCAUUUGGCUCCAAAGGUACAAAGUUUGAGGGACAAGCAGUCGACAUUGAUCUUCCUCAGGGAGACAUUGACAUAAAAGCAACUGCAGUGGAUAUCAAAGGACCAAAAAUGGAAAUUGAAGGUCAUGGUGGCAAAACAAAAGGGUCAAAAUUCAACAUGCCCUCCAUCUCAGGCCCCAACAUUUCAAUGUCUGAUUUCAGUUUGAAAGGACCCACGCCAAAGGGAGAUACUGAUGUUUCCAUAAAAGGUGGUCAAUUUGAAGUUGAAGGUACGGACUUUGCUAUCAAAGGGCCCAAAGUAAAAUCUCCAGAAUUCAAUACCAACCCAAUUGAAACCGAAAUUGAUAUCAACCUGAAACGUCCAAAGGUGAAGGGAGAAUUGGGUGCUUUUGGAAAUGGUGAGGGUUCUGAUCUCAACAUCAGAACACCUACAAUUAAUGUUAAGGGUGCAUCUUUGGAGGCUGCAAAAACAAGUGUGACAUUUCCCAGGUUCAAAGGUCCCAAAUUUGGAAUAAAGGCCACAGAAGCCCAAGGACCUGAAGCAAAACUUAAGACCCCAAAAUUAAAUACGGGUGGCAAAAGUCCAAAGGCAGAUAUGAGCCUUCCAAGUGCUGGAGCACAUACCAAUGCCCCUGAUAUAGACCUAAAUGUUAAGGGAAAGAAAGGAAAAUUUAAACUUCCUAAAAUGAAGGCCAAGGCAAAACCAUCUGAAACUGACAUGGACACUCCAAUGGUAGAGCUGGACGUAGACACACCUGGCCUUAAUGUCAAAGGAGAGAAGGCCAAGAAGCAUCUAUUUGGUAAACUGCAUUUCCCUGAUGUUGAAUUUGACAUUAAAUCGCCCAAAGUGAAAGGGGAUAUCUCUUCGUCAAGUGGUUUGAGAUCCUCAGACAUAGAUUUGCCAUCUGGCAGCCUAGAUGCUAAACCAAAAGAUACAAAUAUUACGAACACCUCAGAGGGGAAAACAUCCAGCGGCCUUCCGUACCCAGAAGGUACAGUAACAUUUCCCAAAAUCAAAGCUCCAAAGUUUGGCAUUGCUCUGCCCCAUGUAGAAGGUCGCACGGAAGUUGGAGUAGAUAUGGAUUCAGGAACAGCAGUUGGUGGAGACAUUAAAAUACAGUCUCCCUCUGUUAGUUUUCAUGGUGGUGCACAGAAUAUUGAAGUCCCAAGUCCAGAACUUGGUCAAGGAAAAGUGAAGGGUAAGAUGCCAAAAUUAUUUGGCAAAUCCAAAGAAAAGGGUGGCAGUGGAAUUGAUUUAAAUGUGGGGCCGGAUUUUGAUAUAAGUGAGAGUGGAAAGUUAGAGGUAGGUGGUGGCUCAGGGCUUCACCUGUCAGGUAAAGGAAAAUCUGCCUCACUGGAUCUAUUAAAGCAAUCAAAGCACCAGCCUUCUUUGAGUGAUGAGACUGGGCUUGCUCUCAGUUCACCAUCAGCUCACUUAGAAUCGGAGGGUGGUGACAUUUCUUUAGAUCUAGGGGGAGCCAAAGUCAAAGGAAAGAAAGGAAAGUUAAAGUUUGGUACCUUUGGGGGUUUUGGUGCAAAGUCAAAGGGAUCAUAUGAGGUGUCCCUUGGAGAAGAUAGUGAAGCAAGAGUUGAGGGGAGUGGGGGUGUUUCUCUCCCAUCCAAAAAAUCGAGAUUGUCGUCAUCCUCAAGUAGUGAUAGUGGUUCUAGAGGUUUCCGCUUUCCAAAACUUGAGCUAUCUGUGUCACCGAAGAAAUGAAUUAUAAGAUGAAAGUAACACUCAUGCACAAUCUAAUUCAUUAUUUUCAGAGUGUUCAGAAUUUAAAUAUAUACUUUGGUUAAUCCACAGACAAUUUCCAAAUUGUAUUCACCACACGUGAGAUUGUUUAAAGUCCCAUUCAAUUGUAAAUAAGAUGGAAUUGUAUUGUAAAAUUGUAUGACUUCUUUUGUACAUAGUCAAAUUUAUUGAUCAUCUACCAUUGUACCAAAUUAUCACCAAUAGUUAAUUUCCAUUUGCUUUGAUAAAUUGUUGUUAUAGAAAGUAUGUUAUAUUUGUAUCUACCUGUCUGCAUGAAAAAUAGAUAUAGUAAGAAUAGCAAUAUCUAUUGAAAUUAUGUUUAAUCAUCCUGACAAAAAGACAAAAUAUAAAUUCACUUGUUUCUGUGUAUAAAAAAUCGCCCUUUGCUUUGGAAUUUUGAAACAAUGUAAGCAACGCAGAAAUCUAUUAACUCAAUUUAGAGCUGGAACUUCAUAAACAUUUCUUUAGAGUGUUAUAAUGACCUUCAUUGCGAUACAUUUUUUGGAAACCAUCUAUUCUAACUGCUGUUAAUAAUUGUCACAUGUUUUUUCUGGGGAAUCCCAAUAUAUUGUGUUGUAUUUAGCAAAGCUUUGCAUUAGCUUCCUUUAAUGUGGAUUAAAAAAAAAUGCAGCCAUUAUUUUCUCAGUUCUAUCCUCCCACUAUCCUUAUUUUACAGUGUACACAAUCCUGUUGGCUCAACCAAAGAUGCCAUCAAUAUCUGUGAUUGUGUUGGAAAAGUAACAUGGUAUCUGUUAUUUGUUUAAGAUUAUUUCUAUCCUCUGGGUCUUGCCUUGUUCUUUGUUGCUUUGUGCAUUGUGCAAAAUAAAUCAAAUAAACAGUUGAGUAUCUGA